AUGGAUGAUUAUUUAGUGAAGAAUGUGAAUGAAGAAGCACUGAAAUCUCAAAAUGCGGUUGACGGACUUUUUGUAUCAGUAAUCAAGGCGGUUUACUCGGAAGAGGACCCGGCCGUGGCAUUGGAGCGCGAGCUGCGGUUCCGGAAUCUAUUUAAACAAUCGCCCGUCUUGCAACGACCAACGGAAGUGGGCACCUUUGACUUCCGGGGACCCGCGCGCAAGCGGCUCCUGUCCGAUUUUGUGGGCACCUCUUCCACCCGUUGUACGAGCAGCGCAGGAGGAUCGCUGUUCCAUGCCGAAUGGAACAGUGCGAUGGAUCAGUCGUCGUUUCGGUUGGUGUCUCCGAGGUAUUUGAUGGCGACGAGUAGCAAUGUGAUUGUGCCUUUGAGGAUGAUGUUGACGAUGGAUGAGGCACGAUUGAAGGUGCAUUUAUCGCUGGCGGAUACGUUGAACGUGACGUUCCGUGUGUAUGUGAACGAGUUAUUUGUUUCCGAUGAAGUGAGUCACUACUUCGGAGAGGCGCCGUGGGCGACGGUACAAGUCGCGGCGCUGUUGCAGGACCUGCCCACCGAUCAACUGCGUGUCGGAGUGAUCAUCUACUCCGCCGGUGAGGCUCGGAGACUACGCAAAGGUACAGAUAUUGAUGCGCUGCCAAGCAUGAGUAACUUACUCGAUGAUAACAAUAGCAACGCCAUCAAAGAGAUACUCGCCCAACACAAAGUCUCAUGCGGUAACUCGAACUCCUGCAGCCCUCUCGCCGGCGUCUUCACUCCCGAAGUAGGCAACCCCGCCACCGCCGGCAUCUUCGAAAAAUGGUGA